AACCGCGAAACCUGAAUUGUCGCUCAAACUCUACUGUCUAGAUGGCAGGCGCACGAACUUGACUUAGAACCCAAGAUAAGUUGUCGCCUGCGCCAUGCCGUCGCGAGGUCUACCCCGUCAAAGAGUAGCUGUCAUCGGCUCUGGGAUGGCUGGCCUCGUUACAGCCUACCUCCUGAGAAGCGAUGCCAGCCGCUUUGAGGUGGAAUUAUUUGAGAGGCAAGACAAAGUGUCCCUCGAUUCUGCCUCGCUCACAAUCCCUACCGAUCACGGCAAUUUCUCAAAAGAGCAUCGAGUAGAUCUCCCCAUGCGCGCUUUUGCAGACGGAUAUUACACCUACCUCAGGCGAAUGUAUGACUACUUUGGAGUCCGAUAUGCCUCUCCUCGCUUCAUAUAUACUCUGUCAUCCAUCCGUGGAGUCGCAAACACAAAAAUAAAUCCUUACUUCAUACAUUCUUCGAACAACCAUCGAGUUCCACCCUUGAGACCCGAAAGCCUUUCACUAGGCUUCUGGCUUCUCGAGUUGGUCUAUCUUGCCAUCUGCUACUAUUGGUUUACUGCUUGUUGCUUCUUGAUUAGGCCAAAGACGGCCGAAGGGACAGGAAGAGAGGAGAAUUUCAGGCAAUAUGUGGAGAGAAUAAAGUUGCCACGGUACUACGUGAAAAAUUAUCUUCUUCCGUUAUUGUCCAGUGUCACAACAUGUCCACAUGAUAUGCUGUUGAAUUUUCCGGCAGUCGAUCUCGUCGAAUAUGAAAGAAAGACCUUUCGGCAGCCCCACUACACUAUCGUUGGGGGAGUUCGCACGAUUCAGGAAUCUCUCACGAAGGGCCAGAAAGUCAGAUUCCUUUCCACAGUGACAGCGGUUCAGAAUGUCGGAUCAAAUGUCAGAGUCACUUGGAGGGAUGAACAGUCUGGCCAUUCGAGUUCGGCCCUGUUCGAUCAUGUUAUCAUGGCUGUCACGCCCGACGUCGUUGGGUCGAUUUUUCUGCCUCUUCGGGAGGCUAUGGGAUCAGUUCCGACCAUGAAAGUUCCCACCGUUGUGCACUUGGACUCUAUAAGACUUGAUGACUGUAAUAAAAGCUUACGAGCGCGAAUUUCUCGCGACCGAGAAGGAAGAGCUUCACAGCCUAUUCAUAUGUGCUCAAACACCAAUGCGACAGAGUCAACCCACGAACAUCCAUCGUCUGUCUUGAUCACGACAUCACCUAUCAUUCCCAUCAAUCAGGACAAAAUUUUACACUCCGUGACCUUCACUCGGGUGUUACGAACUCCAGAAAGCCGGCAUCUACUACGCCAUAUCCUCGAUUCGCAGGAAGUCGCCUAUAGUACAGGGAAAGCUUCCAGUGGCUGGCAAAAUGGCAAUGGCAAUGUUUGGCUUGUCGGAGGUUGGUGUUGGGAUGGGAUGGUCAUGCUUGAAGGUUGUGUCUUCUCAGCUAUGCGUGUAGCAGAACGUCUUGGUGUAAAUGUACCAUGGGGUAAUUAGCAGUUACUAUUUCACUGGUGGUCAAGCAAAUUCACGAAACGGUUAAGUCACGCCACGC